AAACAAACAGUCCGCUCGUUCACUGCCCCUCACUACUACCCCACCAUCCGAGGAGGAUCAGAGAAAAAAAAUUCCGUACGUCAUGUCCCGCGUGCCUGAGCCGCACUGCCACCUUGUGCGCACUGCCACCAGCUCUAGCGGGGCCGCUACUGCAACGGACAAGUCCGACGCCAAAACCAGCACCGCCUCAGGUUCGGAGUCGUCAAUGAAACCUCCACCGACGAGACUGUCGCGGGCCAUCGUCACGCCGGCGCUUCUGCAUUCGCUGAGGACGCAUCCUCACCUGCCGAAGCAUGCCUGGUACGUCGUCACUGGUGUGACGCUGUCGGCGCUCAAUCGGCCGGAUGAGAUUCCUGCCGUGUUCCACGAGGCGGUCGGCCGUUCUGCGGUGGCAGAGGCGGAUGAGGAGGAGCAAUUGAGGAUCGUGCGACGCAUGAGGGAGGGACUCGUGAAGAGCGCCGCGGUGGUGGGCUUGCCCAAGACCAUCAACGCGCUCAUGGCCCUCAAGUCCUCGACGCCCGAGCACCUUCUCGACACGACCUCGUCACCGUCGCCCUCCCUUCGGACGACAGACCUGCACGAGGCCACGGCGAGCGAGAUCCUGCUGAGAGGCGAGUCUUUCUUCGACAGAGUGUACGGCAGAGUCUCGAGACGCGUCAUGGGGCAGAUGGACCGGGCUGGAACACAAGAUCUAGGAUUGAUAAUCAGGCUUCUCUAUGGGUUUUUGUUGAGUAACACGCGGAUCCUCAGUGCGGCCGAGACCAGCUUUGUGCUGAUCGCGGGAUUGGUGCCGCAGGAUGUGAACCCGCAACUGAAAGGUCACCUCAAGGGCGCCCUGAACAAUAGUGCGACGGUGCCGGAAGUCAGGGCGGUAAGGGACGUCGCGCUAAGAUUGUGUGAGGAAACUGGCAUGAGGAUGCUGGGGUCAGAUGAACCUGGAGGAUGGGGAUGGAGAGAGGACGUAGCGAGCCUGUAAAGCACAGCGUUCUUCGACUGCAUUUAUUGUUGCUGCAAUUAGCGACAUUAGGCUAGCGACAUUAGGCCUGUACCCCUUCCUCUUCCCGCCUGAAGAAAUACGUGAGUAGAAAGAACACCAGCCGGUAUUUCUUUCUUAGUCUCGCAAAUGUUUUUCCAACUCUUGACGAGUAUGGCUCGCCCUAUCGGUCCUUUACAUCUCGUAAGGCUCUAUUCAUCUUCAUAAGCAGC